CAUGCAGAAUUAUGUAUAACAAGACUUGAGAUAAGCUGUUCAUAAUUGAGUAUCUAUCAUUGAGAUGAAUAACGGAUGUAUUCAAACGUUAGCAAUAUGGUCAUUGUUGCUUGUGGUAAGUAGGCAAAUAUCCGGAGAAAAGAAAUGCCUGGAAGAACAACCAACCUGUGUCUGUACCUAUAACAGAGUAGACUGUAGUGACAGACAAAUAGAUGCAAUUCCUUUAUCGUUUCCCAAUACAACCAAACAAAUAUAUCUUAAUGGCAACAACAUAACCGUUGUAAAACAGGGGGCCUUCCACGGACUCGCAACCUUGACCUCUAUCAAUCUGUUCAAGAACAAAAUAUCAUACAUCGAGUCAAAUGCCUUUUAUAACCUUUCCUUCUUGGAGGACAUAGUUUUGAAAAACAACAGUUUACAAGAAAUACUUCCUAAAACAUUCCAUGCUUUAAAAACCUUAUCUGAUAUAUAUCUACAAAACAAUAAAAUUUCAGUUAUCAAUACAGAAGCAUUUGUUGCCCUACCAAAACUACGAUCAAUAUAUCUUGACGGAAACAAUAUCCAUUGUACUUGUGCUGUGGAGUGGUUUGUUCAAUACCUCACUAAAAACCCCAUGAUAUCCCAGAGGUCAACCAUAACAUGUGCUUACCCUCCGGAUUUAGCGGGAAAAGAUAUUACUCACCUAAACCGCGAAAGUCGUCAAUGUGAUUUAAAGCCCAGUACUGUUCUCCGGAAAGAGGUCGACUUUACAUUAACCCCCUCGUUUUACGUCGUUGUAGGACUAGUGUCGGGGAUAAUCAUAUCAACAGUGUCUAUCCUCCUUCUACGGAAAAGAAAAUGUCAAACUAACAACCCCAAUGAACGCCCUGCUGCAGCCGCCCGACAGAGCGUAAAUGCAUCAAAUGUAUUUGCAAUAGGUGAUCAAAUGGUUUUGACCUCCUCCGUGAGAGGACUGAUGGAAUCGUCAAUAGACAAUGUUGCAUAUCAUAGCAGUGCCUCCACAUUGUACGAACCGAUGUGGUCACCUAACGGAUACAGCAAUAUGAAUCGCAUUCUGCAGAAAUCGAACAGCAAUUAUCAAGACGUGGCAAAUACUUGUACAGAUGGCAGUAAGAAAUCAGACCAGUGACGAUUUUAUAGACGACCAACGGUUUCAUUCCAAAGAAAAUGUGGAAGAAACGAAUGCAGGCUUCUUUUUAAUUAUUAUAGGGAAUUCAUAUCACAUACAAACUUAUCAUAAAGAAAUCAUAUGACAUAAUAAAUAAGGUCCAUGAAAAAAAUAUCCAUUAGAUGUUACAGAAUAUACAUUUGCCGUAGCAAAUCAAAAUAUCAUGAUAGUGAUAUAAUAAUUAUGAUGAAGUCAAAAUAUAUGCUUUUUAUAUUGAGCGUAUUAUCUACAUGCAUACAUCUAUAUAUUGUUAAUAUUACAGAUUUUUCAUCACAUUAUCUAAUUGUAUGGUACAUGUACACAGUAAUGUUAAGACUUAUCUCUUCAUGUUUUUGAAUUAAUACAGUUGUACUGUUUCAAUGUAUUUUAUAAAAAAUAAAAAUAAUCACAUAUUCAUAUCAAGCAUAA